AUGGCGAUUCUCCCCACAGAGUUUGCGCGCGUCUCGCGGCAAUCGGCGAACUGGGACGUGGCAAGGAAGAGAGUGCUUUCUGCAUACAGAGAAUGGCUCCGUGCUGCCCCCGAGAUCCAGACCAUGUACUCGGUGCCGCUGCCGGUGUCAGCCUUACGGACACGGAUCCGGCAGGAGUUUGAGCGGCACCGGUUUGUCAACAAGCUGCCGGUGGUGGAUGUGCUGCUGUUCCAGAACAACGCCGACUACCAGGAGACGAUGAACUUUUGGCGCCAGACGACCCAUAUCAUGUCGUACUUCAAGGAGGAGUCGUUCAAGGAGGGCCCGAAGAUCCCGUCGAGCUUCAUGGAGGGCUUUCUGGAGAUCAGGGCCGCAACUAGAGUUGUUGCAAACGAGGCGGCGACACGUGUGCAUGAGCGAGAUGUGGUUGUGAACGGGGCAGGAGACGGCCUUUGCUAA